AUGAUCGACCAGACCGGGGAUGCUGUACGUGGGCAUGGGUCUCCAGCACGUACACCUGAAAUAGACAUCCAGCAAGAACUGAUCCGACAAGCUGGAGCUAACCGCCAGCGUGCGAUCGACGUUGACGGAGGUCUCCUUUAUCCAGUCGGCGGAGAGCGUCGGCCGCGCACUGUACCAGUCUGCAUAGUGCCAGGAGUCCAGACUACCCUGACCGGCGUUGUGCCGGAAGGCUCCAGUGAUCUGACCAACGGUGGCGGGCGUCGUGGAAUUGGUAGAGGGCGCGAUCUGGCCGUUGGCAUUGGUGGCCACAUAGCGGUUGGAAUAGCGGCUACCAUCCGAGUUGUAAUACCUCAUGGCUGGGUGUGCGCCGGUCAGAAAAUCUGUCUCAUACGUCACGAUAGACGUGUUCCAGGGUUCAAACGGGAUCUUGACUGCCGGUCCCUUCUGGGGAGCAGGAAGGGCGCUCGUGAAGUAGUCGUGCAUCUUGUUGACGUCGAGCAAAGUGCUGUUAUUGCUCCAGAGCGCCGUAUCAGACUUUUCGACGAACAGGGGAUCCUGCAGGUUUUCGUCUCGGAACCACUCAUUCCAGAUCAAGCGGUACGCUCUGAAAGGAAGAACGUUAAGCUCGAGCGCACGUUGAGAGGGACACCCAUAUAG